AUGGCGCGUGUUCCAUUCAUUGGGAGACUGUUCUGGUUUGAGUACCUAGCGCUCUUUGGAUCUUUGAUUCUUGUUACAUUAGAGACCAUCAUCCAUCUCAUCACUUGGUGUCUUCCAAGUCCAAUCAUCAAUUUCUGCUAUGAUCAAUCUAAAGCGCUGUUCAAUCUCUUGAUUCCAACUGAAACCCGUCAUAAGCGCACGAAGGAAGAAAGCUUUGCUCUUUCAGUUGCAAAUGCAUCAGAUUUCACGGAGAUCUGCGCGCUCUUUGGAUACCAAGCCGAAGAUCACAUUGUGCAAACAAACGAUGGCUAUCUCCUGGGGCUGCAUCGACUAGCUUAUCGAAAGGGAGAAGAGCACACACGUGUCAACCAAGGUCCUGGUGGUGUUAAGAAGAAGGUUGUGUAUCUCCACCAUGGACUACUCAUGUCCAGCGAGGUGUGGGUGGCCUUGACAGAGGAGCAGCGAUGUCUCCCCUUCCAGCUGGUCGAACGAGGAUACGAUGUCUGGCUGGGAAACAACCGAGGAAAUAAGUACUCGAAGAAAUCAACUCGUUUCUCUCCGGGGUCAAAUGAGUUCUGGGACUUUUCCAUUGAUCAGUUCGCAUUCUCCGACAUUCCCAACAGCAUUGAAUACAUCCUCGAAGUGACCAAUCAGCCAUCGUUGUCGUACAUUGGGUUCUCACAAGGCACCGCUCAGGCGUUUGCUACCCUCGCUAUCCACCCGUUGCUCAAUGAGAAGAUUGACGUGUUCGUCGCGCUGGCACCCGCCAUGGCGCCUUCCGGUCUGCGCAAUCGCAUCGUCGAUUCACUGAUGAAGGCCUCUCCUGACUUUUUGUUCCUGCUUUUCGGUCGACGCAGUAUCCUAUCAUCGACGACCAUGUGGCAGACGAUACUCUAUCCACCGAUCUACGUCCGUAUCAUUGACACCGCUCUUUCGGCCCUCUUUAACUGGGAGUGUAAAAACAUCAAGCGCACGCAAAAGCUCGCGGCUUAUAUGCACUUGUACUCCUUUACGAGCACCAAGUCCGUCGUUCAUUGGUUCCAAAUCAUCCGGAACAAGAACUUCCAAUUUUACGACGACGAAACCUAUGCGCCCUUUAGCGUCGUUGCCAGCGAACGCUUUUACAAGCCGGUCAAAUACCCAACUCGCAACAUCAAGACCCCCAUUGUCCUGCUGUACGGUGACAGUGACAGUCUGGUCGACAUCAACGUCAUGCUCCAGGGUCUCCCCCAUGCCACGAGCGCCCAAGCGAUCCCGACCUACGAGCAUCUAGACUUUUUGUGGGCCUCCGACGUUGACCGCCAAGUGUUCGGUUAUGUUUUCAAUGCGCUGGAGACACACAGUAAGGAGAUUGUAAGCGAACGAAAUAGCGCACGCUCAAACGGAAGUCUCGAUGGGCGCGUCUCGAACACAUCCUCACGCCGGAACAUUCUCCCUAACGGCGUUGCAUACGGUGCCACAGUCUAG